AUGUCUCCCAUCCCUACUCCCGCCGAGCUUUCCAGUGUGCCGCUGGCCGACUACUUCUUCAUCUCCGGAAUCGAAUCUUCGCAGGUUUUCGAAGAGCGACCGCAGGCGAACGGGAUCGCGCCGCCAACGGUGGAUGCCACCAUUGAAGAGGACAAGGCGCUGGAGACAGAUACGGCUGCACGGCCAAAGUCAUCCGGGGAGUUGUCAUGGACAGAAGGCACGCCGCGCAAGACGAGGCGCAGCUGCGACCCAAGGAGCUCCAUCAGCACAAUCCUCAGCCCAGAGCACAGUGCCUCGGCGAGCAACCGGAGCAGCGCUACGAUCAGAGGCAUACAAGUGGAGUCUACUCCUCUAAGCGACGAAGACUUUGAACAUGCCCUUCGAAAGUUCGCCUCCGAGAGGGACUCGUUUCUGGAAGAAAUACACUUCAGCGCCGGCACCCUACCUCAGCCAACCCGACCGAAACCGCGCCAGAAGGCACAACGCAUUGUCAACGAUGAUGCUGCGCCAGCGAGGGCCGGAGUUGGAAGCCUCAGGCGGCGGAUAUCGACCAUGGGCGUGCUGAAACGGCAACCCUCCUUGGCACGGCAGUCUUCAACCCGGACUUCGAAGAGACUGAGCGGCUAUAACUCAGUCAUCCCCGCCCCCCAACCAUUCCACCCGACGCCGAACAUGCACCCCCUGAAGCGCCGCUAUGAGCCUGUGCUCUUAGACAGGUAUCCGCCACGCAACAUGGUUGACGGAGUGAAGCGACGGAACCCGUUCCCCGAUUAUGUCCCAAUGUUCGCGUUUCCCAACGACGUCAACGUGGUCUCGUCAGACGAACGACCAAAAUCAACGUGGCACGGGUUCGCCAUGACCAACGCUGACGGUUCCAAGCUCUACGGCAUCUGCUUGACCAUGUGGCUACCUCUGAACGAAAAGGCAGCGGAAGAGAUUGAGCGUCAGUGUGAAGAGUGGAGAAGGGCAAACAUGACGGGCGAGGAGAGGGAGCUUGCGGCUAGCCUUGGGGAACGGCUCGUCAUAGAGAGGGCGAAGCUCUCACGGCUCCUAGCAAGGCUUCCCAGCGUCCCUUCAGGGUCGGAAGAACGAGAGCAAUUCGAAGACGAGAUUAGUGCCGUAGAAGAGAAGAUUGGGCUGAUGGCUGAUCUGCUGAGACCCGUCAGGCACGGUGCUGCAUCCAAGAUCGACGGUUUGACAGACGGCGAUAGCGGACUGUGGAUACCGAGAGUAUAUGGAGUGCUUGGGAGAGAUGAGUGCCUGACGAGCUUCUGGAAGGAGUGGCUUAGAGCCGUGGUCGUCCCAAUGACCAACGGAGGCGUGCUUAGAGUUCCUCCAAGCUCGCCGAAGAUCGGCAUGUGGCAGCCUCUUGAGCGUUAUGUCGUCAAUCUUUGCGCCGAGGCUCCCAGUCCCAUCUCAUCCAUCACUCAAGUUGAAGUCGCCGUCCGAGAGCUUCGGCUAUAUGCUCGCAAGGAAGCUAUCAACGAGAUACCUGGAUCCCGCAACACCGACCUCUACGGCCUUUUCCGCUCGCUGUCAAUUCCGAACAUUGUCACCCUCUUCGAGUAUGUGCUUUCCGAAGCACGCAUUAUCUUGCUCUCAUCCUAUACGAGCAUGCUGCAUCUUUCUAGCGCGGCCCUCACACACCUCAUCUAUCCCCUGAAGUGGGCCGGCGUCUUCAUCCCUAUACUCCCUGCGCGACUCAUUCAGGCACUGGAAGCACCAUGCCCGUACAUAGUAGGUAUAGAGAGACGGUACGAAGGAGUCGCACUGCCAGAUGACGACUAUGUCCUUGUCGAUCUGGACCAGGACACGAUCGAAAGCGUUACCCGGCCCAUGUCCCUUCCGCGCCACCAACGGAGAAAGCUCACAGCAUUGCUACAAGCUGCAGCCCCUCAUCACAACCGGUAUGGCGUGCCUGUGGGGCCUCCUGCAUACGCCCAAGAGUCGUUUCCUUAUGACGCCUUCUCAACUGAGAACCCUUCCGUGUUCUCCCACCGGACCCCUGCUUCCACGCUGGCCGCCUACGUCAGCCUCAACUCGAACUCGUUCACCACCGUUGGACUGCCAGGCUCGCAACAGCCGGUUUUCAAUGCCUUUCUCGAGGAGCGGAACCCUAAUAGUCGCGAUGGCAAGAGACCGUCUACGAGCUCUACGAACAAUACUAACAAGACCGGCUCUCCACCGUCUCCUACAGUAUCGCCUGUGUCAGCGGGCUUCCCGUCAAUUCCAUCCACCCCGGUCUCGCGGAGUGACUCCGGCUACGCAUUGCAGGCUACGCUCCGCGAGAAGCGCUCUGCCCACUUCGACACCGCAUCCAAGCGAAGUUCAUCUUUUGGAUUGGAGAGAAUCAACACACUCAGACGACCGAGUCAACCGUUCCUCGGACACUCUUCCAGCGGGUCCACUUCAAGUCUGCUCAGCGCGCAUGUCGCCGGAUCUCAAUACGCACCGUCCGUCUACGCUCAAUCCACACUAGCAGCAUCGACAAUCAUGCCGGGCGUGCUGAUGCAACCUGUGCGCAACACGAAGACGACGCAGUGGGUUGAGGGUCACUGCUUGCAGUGGAGAGGACAAGACGAUCGAGCACCGUGCAAUGUCUGCGAAGAGAAAUCUGAUGAGGGUGUCUUCAAGUGCAGCGGCUGCAACAUGAGCGCUCACGGUCGAUGCGCGCCCCAGAUCUGCCUGGUUUGUCCUGUGGCCUUCAAUGCAGAGCAGGUGCGCGCGGCUUUUGUACGCUGCUUCGCGAGCUUGUUCUACACCUACAGACGCUUCAUGCAUCAGGCAACCGGGGACAGGAAGAAAUCGGGCCUGAUCUACCAUUUUAAUAUGGAUGGCUUCUUGAAGAGUAUGCCUCACGAGAACGCAGAAUACACGCAGAUGCUGCAGCAAACCCAAGCCUUCAACGAGUUCAUUCACGAGCGCGAAACCAAGAGAUCCGAUGACCCUUCAAUUAAGCUUUUUGAUCAGAUCAUCCUAUCUAAGAAGAACCGCGGCGGCAGAUCCUUCUUCUCCAAAUCGAGCACCGACUUCCUCUCCGACACCUCCGACCACCUCUGGCGCACCGCCGCCGCCACACCGCCGAACGCGCGGUUUCCAGGUGACUACCGCGCUAUCAUCACUAGGAUCCCGGCAAAACUUGAUCCGACCCUGAUGAAGGAACCACGCGCGAUACAGGGCGUGCCGCGGAUUCCGCAGACCAAGGCGCGCCGGAAGCCGAUACCAUCGCAGUUGGGGAUGAAUCCGAAGGUACCGCCUUCGUCACGAUGA